GCACCAAGGAUGGAGAUGUUCCAGGUAAGACUGCAGGGCCCCUGGGCACCUUCCACCUCCUUCCAGGCCAUCACUGGCAUGAGAAGGGGCAGACCCGUGUGAGCUGUGGAAGGAGGCCUCUUUCUGGAGGGACAUGACCCCCAGUAAGCUUCAGGGGCUGCUGAUGUUGCUGCUGCUGAGCAUGGGCGGGACAUGGGCAUCCAGUGAGCCGCUUCGGCCACGGUGCCACCCCGUCAAUGCCACCCUGCCUAUCGAGAAGGAAGGCUGCUCCGUGUGCGUCACCGUCAACACCACCAUCUGUGCCGGCUACUGUGCCACCAAGACGAGGGUGCUGCAGUCCGUCAUGCCGCCCCUGCCUCAGGCGGUGUGCAACUACCGCGAUGUGCGCUUCGAGUCCAUCCGGCUCUCUGGCUGCCGGCGCGGCGUGAACCCCGUGGUCUCCUACGCCGUGGCUCUCAGCUGUCAAUGUGGACUCUGCCGCCGCAGCACUACUGACUGCGGGGGUCCCAAGGACCACCCCUGGACCUGUGACGACCCCCGCUUCCAGGACUCCUCUUCCUCAAAGGCCCCUCCCCCCAGCCUUCCGAGUCCAUCCCGACUUCCGGAGCCCGCAGACGCCCGGAUCCGCCCAUAAUUAAAGCUUCUCAAUCCGCA